AUGGCUCCUUCUUCUCCUUUAGCUUCUUUUUUCCCUCCAUUGUUGGUCUAUUCUCGUCGUCAGGCUCCCCCACCACCAAUUGUCUUUACUCCUGUUGUUGCUCAUUCUACUUCUGAUGACUCUGAUCCUGCUACACACCAAUAUCCUACUUAUGAGUGUCGUCCUCCAAACAGGUUGGUCAAGCAACAUCUCUUCCGCACCUUCGUAAUGAAGGAUCUGGGUCCAUUGUGGUAUUUUCUUGGUAUUGACGUUUCCUCUUCUCCAAAGGGCUAUUUUUUAUCUCAGGCCAAGUGUGCUAAUGAGGUUAUUCACCAUGCUGGUCUUACUGAUACUAAGUCAUUUCGUUUCUGCUCCUCGCUCUACCCAUUGGGAUGCUUUGGUUCGCAUUCUUUGCUAUCUCCAGGUACCAUCUUUCAGGACUUGCUGUUGUCGUCUACUUCCUCUUUAGACUUGGUAGCCUAUGCUGAUCCUAAUUGGACUGGUGAUAUUACUGAUCUCAAGUCCACCUCUGGUUUUUGUAUGUUUCUUGGCAAUUCCUUGAUCUCUUGGAAAAGCAAGAAACAAACUGUUGUUGCUCGCUCUACUGCCGAAGUCGAGUACCAUGUUAUGGUUCAUGUUACUACUAAGCUUGUUUAG